AUGGUUUCUCUUUAUAAAAUCGUUUGUCUGGGCGAUAGUUACACUGGAAAGACUGCACUGGUUAAACAAGAUUAUGAAGCAACAAUAGAAGAUACCUACCGUAAGUUGGUCGUUGUUGAUUAUGAACCAUGUGUACUUGAAGUACUUGACACAGUCGGGAUAGUGGAGGAAUAUGCUCCUCUACGUGAUGAAUGGAUUCGAGAUGGCGAGGGAUUUGUUCUUACGUAUUCGAUUUCAUCAAGGAUUACAUUUGAAAAAAUAGAACGUCUUCAUGAUCAGAUUACUAGAGUCAAAGACACUCACAAAGUUCACAUUGUACUUGCUGGUACCAAUUGUGAUAAGUUUACUGAACGAGAAGUUUCACAAGAAGAAGGCAUGAAUAUGGCAAGAAGAUUAAAAUGUGAGUUUAUUGAAGUAUCUGCAAAGACAUGUGUAAAUGUGGAGACAAUGUUGUAA